GGACUCUCCGACUUCCUUGAAGGUUUUCAGCCCAUCGUUCUUGCUGUUGCUGCAGGCUUCAGCCCGUUGUUCUUGCUGUCGUUGCAGGCAUUCGACCUCAACAAACGAUCUGCGCCCCCAACAAGUUCUUGCAACUUGUCCUGCCAUUGCCCCUCCUCUCGCUCUUGAGGGACUUUGACACUCAUCACCGACGCCUGUUCAUCUUCGAAUCCAAGAUGGCUGCUACCACCACCGCCCGCCCCGCGGGUGCUCUGAGACGCAAUGUCACCGCCGAUUCGGCUCCUUCGACCAUUGCGAACUCGCCCUCCGACUCUCCAGCCGGCUCAGCCUCCAACACCUCCCUCUCGUCGCUCGGCUCCGACGCUGAGGCCGCUGCUAAGCCUACCGGCAAGCUCAUCGACACCUACGGCAACGAGUUCCAGAUUCCUGACUACACCAUUGGCCAGCUCCGCUCUGCCAUCCCUAAGCACUGCUUCGAGCGCUCUGCUGUCCGCAGUCUGGGCUACGUUGCGCGUGACAUCACACAGCUCGCGACCGUCUUCUACCUCUUCUACAACUAUGUGACGCCCGAGACCAUCCCCUCGAUGCCUGUCCGCGCUGUUCUGUGGACUCUCUACACCGUCAUCCAGGGUCUGUCUGGAACUGGUCUCUGGGUCAUGGCCCACGAGUGCGGUCACCAGGCCUUCUCUCCCUCCAAGAUUCUCAACGACACUGUUGGCUGGAUCUGCCACUCUGCCCUCCUCGUUCCUUACUUCUCCUGGAAGAUCUCCCACGGCAAGCACCACAAGGCCACUGGUCAUAUGGAGCGCGACAUGGUUUUCGUUCCCAAGACCCGCGAGGUUUACGCGACCCGCGUCGGCAAGUUCGUCCACGAGCUCCACGAGCUCACCGAGGAGACUCCCAUCGCCACCCUCAUCCAUAUGGUCGUCCAGCAGCUUGGUGGCUGGCCCAUGUAUCUGCUCAGCAACGUUACCGGCCACAACUUCCACGAGCGUCAAUCCGAGGGUAAGGGCCUCGGCAAGAAGAACGGGGUGUUCAAGGGCGUCAACCACUUCAACCCCUCCUCUCCUCUAUAUGAGAAGAAGGACGAGAAGCUCAUCCUUCUCUCCGAUCUCGGUAUCGCCAUCACUCUUGCUGGUCUCACCUGGGUUGGCAAGAACUUUGGCUUCGCCAACCUCCUCGUCUGGUACAUCAUCCCUUACCUUUGGGUUAACCACUGGCUCGUUGCUAUCACGUUCCUUCAGCACACUGACCCCACUCUCCCUCACUACGACGCUCAGACCUGGACCUACGUCCGCGGAGCCGCCGCUACCAUCGACCGUGAGUUUGGCUUCAUCGGACGCACUCUCCUCCACGGCAUCAUCGAGACCCACGUCCUUCACCACUACAUCUCCACCAUUCCCUUCUACAACGCCGAUGAGGCUUCCGAGGCUAUCAAGCCAGUCAUGGGCCAGCACUACCGCGCCGAUGUCGAGGGUGGCUCAGUCGGCUUCCUCAAGGCCAUGUACAAGAGCGCUCGCAUGUGCCAGUGGGUCGAGCCUACCGAGGGUGCCACCGGUGAGGCCGCUGGUGUUCUCUUCUUCCGUAACCACAACGGUCUCGGCACCCCACCCGCAAAGAUCGCGGCCCCGGUCCCCAAGACUACCGCUGGCAAAGGUGCCAAGAUGGAGAUUGGUCCUGAGGAGUAAACUCUGUCAUGGGAGUGUGAUCUAGUGCAGAUCACGCUUUGUCCACCGAAAAGGCGUUCUGGGGUCAAGUUCAUCCCUUCUUUCGUUUGGGUCGGGUAUUUUUUAGAGCAAUA